AUGUCACCAUUUCCAUGUCCGCUGGAGCGCACUGCAGCAUCCGCUCUUCUUCUGCUCUCCACCAAUGAACCACGCUUUCUGUCUCCGCCAAAUUUCUGCUCUGAUCCCGGCGGCAACUACAAAAACAAAGAGAGCUCAGUUUUAGGUGAUUUGAAGUCCUGUUCUUCGUAUUUGUCAAAUGGUGAUCGGUCCCGUGAGCAGUUUCAGGUGCAUAAACGUAAGAUUAUUAAUGCUGCUGUCGCUCGCUGUCGUGAGAUGAAGCUCAAGCUGAACUUCUGGUCUGUAUAUGUGCUUUUGAUCGAUUUUGAUAUCUCUGGAAAUAUUGAUGUUCUUUCUCUAGCUAGUUUUGCAGCACCCUGGCUCAAGAGUGAUGAGAUCCCUCUGUUUUUGCCUGUCGUGCGGAAGAGUCGAUCAAGAAACUGCCGGAGCUACGGCUGGAAACCGGGGACAGCAAGUCACCGAUGCGCGUCAGCGAUGAGCACAGAGGGUUCGUGCUUGUCGAGUGGUUCAAGCGGGACUUCGAGCGCGCGAAGCUGGAUUACCGCUUCGACACGUGAUCAGGAAGAACCGAGAAGAAAGUCGGUCGGCUCCGCUCACAUACGCCGCCGAGCCGAAGCCAUCUUGAGGUUGUUGUCCUGUGGCUGUGCUUCUGAAGUCCGGAUUCGCCAAAUGCUCGGCGACAGCCCUGACACCAGCAAAGCUCUCAGAAUGCUGUUGAAGCUGGAAGAGGUCAAAAGAUCUGGCGCCGGAGGAAGGACGGACCCUUACAUUUACCGGGUGGCACAACGUGAAGUUAAUGUUGACCUGCUUGACUUGGGUCGGGUAUAGUUAUAGUUAUCCCAACACUAGGGAAAUUUUGGAUUGGUAUGAAGCAUAAAAGUAAACGUCAAAAGCGAC